AUGCCAACCGAGUCUCGUCCGGGUCAUGUGGCAUUGAUAGCUGGCCUUUAUGAAGAUGUUUCCGCUGUCACGACUGGGUGGAAAUUGAACCCCGUCAAUUUUGAUAGCGUCUUUAACCAAAGCCGCCACACAUGGAGCUGGGGCUCGCCGGAUAUCCUGCCUAUGUUCAAGGAGGGCGCGACUCCUGGUAGAGUUGACGCUUUCUCUUAUUCGGAGGAGGACGAGGAUUUCACUGCGGAUGCAACAAAACUUGAUACAUGGGUUUUUGACCACGUCAAGGACUUCUUUACUCAGGCCGCAGGAGAUGAUAAACUUCGGGCUGCUGUGAACGAGGACAAAGUUGUCUUUUUUCUUCAUUUGCUGGGACUAGACAGCACUGGCCAUGGGUUCCGACCCUACUCUCAGGAGUACUUGAGGAAUAUACAAGUUGUGGACGCUGGAGUUCAAGAACUCGUUGCUAGUGUUGAAGAGUUCUACGGAAAUGAUGGUAAAACGGCCUGGGUGUUUACUGCUGACCACGGGAUGUCCGACUGGGGCUCUCACGGUGAUGGUCACCCAGAUAAUACUAGGACUCCUUUGAUUGCAUGGGGGGCUGGUAUCAGAGGGCCGGAUAUCGUGGCCGAUGGCGCAGUUGCUUCUGGCCACGAUGAAUUCUCUAGUGACUGGAACUUGGAUCACGUUCGCCGAGUGGACGUUGACCAGGCUGACGUUGCGGCCUUGAUGGCUCAUCUUAUCGGUGUGGAAUACCCCGUUAACUCUGUGGGCGUCCUCCCGCUUGAAUACCUUGAUGCUAGUGAUGAGGAAAAGGCGCGUUCUAUCUUUGCGAAUGCUCUCCAGAUUUUGGAAAUGUUCAAGGUUAAAGAAGGUGAUACUAAACCACCCAUAUCCGUUUUUCUAAAGGUAGAUUUUGACGCUGAUCUUUAUUUCUUCAACGUAGCUAGUAAGAUGUCUACACAAAUAAACUUUGUGCCAUUUGCGCCAUUGCACGAGAGGGGUCUUUCUAGUCAGGAACGGGUGGACAAGAUAAAAUCACUCAUCACAUCCCAGGAUUACGAUGCGGCAACUUCUGAAUGCAAAGACCUUAUAUCGGCUUCUUUGCAAGGUUUACGAUAUAUGCAGACUUAUGAUUGGUUGUUCCUACGAACGCUGGUAACUUUGGGCUAUCUGGGGUGGAUUUUAUUUGCCCUAGCCUUUGUCAUCCAGCAGCACUUUUUGGAUAACGCUGCUAUGAGAAGGUGGUCAUCCCCUGCACUCGUAGGCUUCCUAAGCACCCUUACCGGACUAUUUGCCGUUAUUUACGUACAACAAAGCCCUUGGACAUAUUAUAUGUACGCCUUUGCGCCUGUUUUUUUUUGGUGGCAGGUUUGGCUCUCCCGAGACGCCUUAAUGGUUGGGAUCCCACUUCUAGCGCAAAGGCAUGGUCCUCAUCGUUAUGCUGGCUUGUUGAUGAAGAGCUUUGGGUUCUUGAUUGUCCUGGAAGCUAUUGUAUACGGAUAUUUUCAUCGUGAAAUCUUUACUGCAUGUUUCAUCUUGGGUUUAACAUGGCCCUGGUUUUAUGGCAAGGUAUUUGUAAAGCGGAAUUCUACCACUGUUUUCCUCUGGAGUGUAUCUUGCCUUGCAAUGAGUGUUUUCACGUUGUUGCCCGUGAUAAAAGUCGAGAGCCUCUUUCAAAUACAUUCAGCAGGCAGCUUGAUGCUUGCUGCAGGGGUCGGUUAUAUAGCCUAUGGGCAUAGGCUCUUCGCUGCUAAUGUUAAAACGACAUUUAACGGGAAGUAUAUGCAAUUUUUACUAGGUUUCCAGUGUGGCCUCAUAGCACUAUCUAUGGCAGUGACACACAGUAGUGUCAAGUCAAUACAAGCUAAACAAGGCCUACCUUUCGGAAACCAGGUCGUAGGGUGGUGCAUCCUUGGGCUAUCACUGCUGGCCUUGCCCAUGCAUAGAUUUACCCCACUUCGACACUAUCAGCAUCAACUCAUGGUGAUCUUCCUAUCGUUUUCACCGACCUUCAUAAUUUUGACCAUAUCCUACGAAGGACUUUUUUACGUAUCGUUCUGUGCUAUGCUGGCUACAUGGGUACAGAUGGAGUACUUGGUAUACCAACAAAUCAACAGUACUAAGGAGACCAGGGCGAAGAACAAGGGGGUAAGGGCUCUAGAUCUUGGUGAUAACCGCAUAGCUCUCUUCUUCUUCUUCUUUAUUCAAGCCGGUUUCUUUGGAACGGGUAAUGUUGCCUCCCUCAGCUCCUUCUCUUUGGAGUCAGUAUGCAGGCUUAUCCCAAUCUUUAACCCCUUUUCCAUGACGGCGCUCCUUGUUUUCAAACUUCUCAUCCCCUUCGCGAUUAUUUCAGCAAAUCUAGGGGUUCUCAAUCGGAUUAUUCAUGCCCCACCUUCAGCAUUGUUCAUGAUUGUCAUGUCAAUAACCGAUGUUCUUACCUUAAACUUUUUCUAUAUGGUUAAAGACGAAGGUAGCUGGUUGGAUAUCGGGACGACUAUAAGUCACUUCGUGAUCGCCAGUCUCCUUUGCGUUUUUGUUGCGGCCCUAGAGCCUCUUAGCGGUCUCUUCGUCGGGGGUCCGGGGGUUGGAGAGGUGAAGGAGCGGAAAGAAUGA